AUGGCGGACCUCCUCACCCUCGCCUGGAAGCGCUACCUGUAUGGCCUGCACUACCACCCCAUCAAGACCAAGGCUGUCACUGCCGGGACCCUGGCAGCUCUGGCAGACCUGGUGUCCCAGCGCAUUGCAGGUGCAGGCUCCAUCAAGUGGCGCCGCACCGCCCUGCUGGCACUUUAUGGCCUCCUCUACUCCGGGCCCUGCUCCCACUUCUGGCAGUACUACCUGGAGAAGCUGUUCCCAGACAAGCAGGACCCCCUGCGCAUUGUCAAGAAGGUGGUGGUGGACCAGCUGGUGUACGCCCCCUUCCAGAACGUCGUGGUGCUGGCCUACCUGGCGAAGGUGGUGGAGGGCCUGCCCCUGGCCGCUACCAUCGCCAAGCUGAAAGUGCAGUGGCCGACAGUGCAGGCCAUGGGAUGGAGGUUCUGGCCCUUGGCUCAGUACAUCAACCAGAAGUACUUCCCCCUCCAGCUCCGUGUCAUGUGGCUCAACAUUGUCGCCUUCCUGUGGGGCAUCUUCAUCAUGGUCAGCUCCCGCAGCUCCCCACUGCCAGCUGUCAUCAAGAAGGUCUGA